CCCCUCUGUUUCCUUGUGCGGAGUUGUGACGUCAUAUUUGCGUGUGUAGCGGAGUGUCCACACUGACACUGCUCAAAGAGAGAGACAUUUCACAUGGAUAGCAGCACCAACAUUACAUUACAUCGCGAAACUGUUGAGCUAUAAAUUACUGGUGUCCUAUAUGAGACCUGCCUGAAAGAGAGAGAGAGAGAGAGAGAGAGAGAGAGAGAGAUGAAGAUUGGUGCUAUCUCAACGCUGAGUCCGGUCAAAGAUGUCUUGCCAUGGAAAGAGUUCUCCCACACAGCCCGUCUGAGCCCCACAGAGCCACACGACACAGUUGGAUGGCUGUCCACUCUGCCUGCCCUUCACAAUCAUCAUCAUCCACCCUGUCCCAUCUGUGAGAGAAUGCACCCUAGUGGUACCCACUGCUCUGCCCCGGAGGAGAGCGGCAAGACCCCCGCAGAACCUGGAGAGGCUCAGCUGGACUUCUACCGUAAACUGGGUUACUCCCCAGCACAGGUCUGGACCGUGCUGCAGAAGUUUGGCCUGAACACAGACACUAACAGGGUUCUGGGGGAGCUGGUGCGGACGGGAGCCAGCCCAGAAGGGAUUGAGAAGGAGAGGGAGAAGGAGGGAGCCCCAUCUACCAUGUCUAUCCUGGUGGCCCGAGGGGAGACCCUCAGUAACCUGCCCCUCACCCCUCCACCCAGCCAGGGCGAUGUACCCAGUGAGGAGGGAGAUGCCCUGAGACCCAUAGUGAUCGAUGGGAGCAACGUGGCUAUGAGCCACGGGAACAAGGAAAUGUUUUCCUGCCUGGGAAUCCAGCUGGCGGUAAACUUCUUCCUGGACAGAGGUCAUACUGAUAUCACCGUGUUUGUUCCGUCAUGGAGGAAGGAGCAGCCUAGACCAGAUGUCCUCAUCAGAGAUCAACACAUUUUGCGUGAGCUGGAGAGGAAGAAGAUCGUGGUGUUCACCCCUUCGCGGCGGGUAGCAGGCAAACGGGUGGUCUGCUAUGAUGACCGCUUCAUCGUCAAGCUGGCGCAUGAGACCUCCGGCAUCAUCGUGUCCAACGACACCUACCGUGACCUUCAGGGCGAGAGGCAGGACUGGAAGCGCUUCAUUGAGGAGAGGCUACUCAUGUACUCCUUCGUCAAUGACAAGUUCAUGCCCCCUGAUGACCCUCUGGGUCGCCAUGGUCCCACCCUGGAGAACUUUCUACUGAAGGUUCCUCGUUUACCACGGAAACAGCCGUGCCCUUAUGGAAGGAAAUGCACUUACGGGAUGAAGUGUAAAUUCUACCACCCGGAACGAGCCAACCAAUCCCGUUGCUCUCUGGCUGACGAGCUGCGGAAGAAGGCCAAGCUAUCUUUAUCAGAACAUAAACACCCCACCUCAGGUGCUGGACCUGCCUAUGGCCUUUCUCUGGAGGAGAGGACGGCUCAGAAACUGCCUCUAGAACAGAGUUAUGGCUCCCUGAAGAAAGGCCACAUCAGUGAGAAUGUGCUUCUGAUCAAGGGAAGCCAUCGUUCCAGCCGGAGGUUCCCAACUAAGGACAAGGCCAACCGACACUUCAUGACCGAUCUGGACUCGGCCAUGCCCAGUGGCUCUCACUCCCCGACAGACCUGGACUCGGCCCUGCCCAGUGGCUCUCAGGAGCGGCUAGAUUCUGGUCUUGGCUCCUUCGAGAGCCAGGUGUCUGACCCCUCCAGGGACCACUGUGACCGUUAUGGGAAGGCUGGGUACAGGAACUGCCUGUCCCUCCCCAGUAUGAGACAACAAAUCUAUUCCCUGCCAAGCAACCUGCCUUCUAGCUGCAGCUCUCAUCCUCCUCAGCCUUUACUGGGCCCCAGCGCAGGAUACCAACAUCGCAGCAGGGGCCCAGCCAGCACCCACAACAACACCCACAGCCCACAUAACAGCAUGGGCCCAGCCAGCACCUACCACCCAGGCAAGAUAACCUACAGACCACCCUAUUACCUCAGCUAUGGGGCACCGAUAUAUCCAGUUGGGAAGCAUCAGUACAGGUACCCCGAUGACUUCCAACAGGAGAGCAGGGCCCACCCUCCACAGCAGACCUACUGGUCCGAUCCGUUCGGGACUUAUCCUCAGACUCUCCUUAGCACUGCUCAAGUGGAGAAGCAGAGACACUGGCUACUCCCUCGGACACAGCCCCACCCCCACGGGGAGGGCAGGGAGAGAGAGGAGGUCAGGAUGAAGCUGCUGGCUAUCUUUAACGGCUGUCUGGUGGACAAGGUCAUGGACAUGUUUCCCCAGCUCAUGGACCCACAGAGAUUAGCUGCUGAGAUCCUCAUCCUGCAGUCUCAGGGCCUGUGAUUGGCUCGUUGCUCUGGUAUGGUGGGACUGGGAAUUUUUGUUUCUUUCAAUUGAAAGAAUCUCUUGUGAAAAACUGCAAACUAAUGUAAAGAUCUGUGUUGUGUCAAAGGUUUUGCAGUGUUUUCCACUUUGGGGAAACAUUGAUCUUCCUACUGUAUGUGCUCUGCCCAAUGUGUUCUUGCCACGUGUUUCAGGACCUAGGUUGCUUAUAUUGCUUCUGAUAGCGUGAAACCUGAGGCAAUGGAUUGUUGAUGCAAAUUGCAUCUUUUGGGAAAAAACAUAAUAUUUCUAGACUCUUGAAAGUAUUUGAUGGGAAAAUGUUAUGUAUUUGAGAAACAAUAUUCUUACAGUAUUUUUAUUUCAUCUUUAUUUAACCAGGUAGGCCAGUUGAGAACAAGUUCUCAUUUACAACUGCAACCUGGCCAAGAUGAAUAAAGCAGUGCGACAAAAACAACAAAACAGAGUUACACAUAAACAAACGUACAGCCAAUAACACAAUAGAAAAAUCAAUGUAUGCAUUUACAUAUGUAUGAUGUAGUGUUCUGAGGCCUAUGUAUCAAGAUGAGUUAUGGCAUAAAGAGUUUUAUUGGCACUGUGUGCCAUUGUGGUGGGUCACAGCUAACUAUCUAGCUAGUACGCUAGUGAAGUAGAUGCCCUAUGGGUCUUGUUUCUUUGAAGACUAUUAAAGCUGGAAUCCAUACUUGGUGAUACAGCCACUUCUGUUUGAGACAUUACAACAACAAAGAUUUUACUUCAAACAACCAACAGUUUUUUUUCCCUCAGACAUAGAAUCAGCAGAAUAUGUGUUGUUUUCCAGACGUUCCUCUCCUCUUUCUUCAACAAAACAACAACAAUAACAGUGGUGCUGUUUCACCUUAUGCAGAUUCCAGUUGUAAUGUUCUGAGCAGAACAACAUAUGCAUUUUUUUUUAUGAUAAAAAUACAUUUUAAGUAGUACAAAAACAUACACAAAUAUAUCUAAAGUCUAAAAAUAAAAUACAAAUAUUUACAGUCAGAAGUAGAAGAGUAGAAAGACAUUGUGAUUUGCCACUAUCUAAUAAAUAAUAAUAGAAAAUAAAACAUUUUUAAAAUCUACUUGUGUGCAGCAAUGAGAGAACAGUGUAUAAUUCCAGAUCAUUGAUUUGUGACAGGUUUAGUUCCCUGCUGUGAGCUUUAGUUUCUUAUUUUCUUCAGUGUACAUAGAAUUGUGGUAUGGGAUACAGUCAAUUAAUCAUUUCAGUGUUUAUGCAAACAUUUUAAAUAAAACAAAAAUAUAUUUAAA